UCAAAUCUCGGGAGAUUUGUUCCUAUUUAUUUUAGAACUUUAUUUAGUUUGUAAAUAAUAUUAAAAAGAAGAUUCUACCGUAAGUGUUAUACAAAUUAAAUUGUCAGCUUUGCAUUAAAAAUAAGAAGUCCAAUCAUUGAGUCCAUCAAUAUGGAUGAGUUACGGGAUGACUCAGAGGAGGUGGACCAGUCACCCAGCAUACGAAGAACGAUCACCUUGAGGAACAGUACUGCACGACAGGUCGCUGUCAACUUUAUGCCAUCACGGCAGCUGCCAUAUAAUACACUCCGCCUUCGCCGAACGAACUCAGAACACAAUGCCCUCUUGGAUGACGAGACAGAGUCUCCUGAGAGCGACCAGCCCGACUCCACGGACAAGCAGGCAGACAUCAUCGUGCGCGAGAUGGAGCAGCACCAGCGGCUGAUGGAGGACAACCCCGUCGCUGAGGAGAUGAGGAGAGAGGCUCUAAGGGAUCUUCCUCAAGGGCUGACGAUGAAGCGGCACGUCCGAGCAAAGUUGUCAGCAUCGGUCAGUCUCCGCUCCAAGAGGCGACCUAUUUCCAUGUGGAGGCGGAUGAAAUACCGGCUUAGUUUCGCUUGGAAACGGACAAAAGACCGCAUGCGAGACGUGGCAUUUUCCGUGGAACUAUGGUACGAAGCGAUCCGCAACAUCGAGGGUCAAUUCGGGUCUGCUGUGGGGUCGUACUUCUACUUCCUGCGCUGGCUGUUCGUGGCAGACCUGAUGUUGGCCACGGCUGUGAUCUUCUUCGUGAUGGUGCCGCAGAUACUGCAUGAUACCCCCUCGUCAGGGAGUCAUAGUGGAUGGGGGAUACGAGAGUUUAUCAGUGGAACGGGCGCCUACGCCGACUCUUUACUGUUCUACGGGCACUACCACGAUGGCGACGUCUCGAGCCGCGGCCCGCUCACAUACAACAUGCCCUUCGCUUACUUCUUCACCAUGGCCUGCUUGUAUCUCGUCAUAUUUGGUGUACUGUGCUAUAGAACUGCGUACUCUUACCGUCGCAACUUCAUCGAGACGGCGGGCGGGUUUAGCCACGUGUUCGCCAGCAAAGUGUUCUGCGGCUGGGACUACGGGAUAGUGUCUCCCCAGGCCGCUGCACUUACUGCCACCAGCAUCUAUAAUGAGUUCAAGGAACUCCUGAACGAGCAAAACCGGAACAACGCCAAGAUAUCGGCGUGCACUAAACUCUGCCAGAACCUGACCAACAUAGUGAUAAAUCUGGCCACUUUCGGUGCAAUUUUCGGCCUGGGCGUGGGCUUUUGGCACCUGCUGCGUGUGACGUCACACUGGGCGGGCGUGACCUCACACUGGGAGAUCCUGCUGUCACUCACUGUCACCGCCGCCGUCGCCGUGCUACCUGUGCUCUUCAACUUGAUCGUCAAAUUAGAGUACUACACGCCCCGGACAGCUCUGUACGUGACCUUGGCAAGGACUUGGCUGCUAGACGUCGGUACCCUGAUGCUGCUGUUAUAUUAUUGGACACAAUCGGGGAAUAAGUGCUGGGAAACUUCGUUCGGGCAAGAGGCGUACAGACUGGUGUUGCUUGAUUCUUUGGUUUCACUGUUUAUUUUGCCCAUUAUCGAGGUCGUUAGAGGAUUCGUUUAUAAGAUGAACCCAUCUCUGUCAGCGCCAGAGUUCAACAUAGCGUACAACUCUCUGACGCUCAUAUACAACCAGGCGGUGCUGUGGUUCGGCAUGCUGUUCUCACCAUUACUGGUGGUAGCGGUCACCAUCAAGUUGCUACUGCUAUUCUACGUUAAGAGGGAGUGCGCUCUGAGGGCCUGCAAGCCUGCAUGCAAGAUAUGGCGCGCGGCUCAGACUCAGACGGUGCUAUACAUGCUAGUCACUCUAUCUCUCUUCGCCACGCUGUUUGGUUUUGGAUCUCUCUUCUUUAACAUGCCAUCAAAGGAGUGCGGUCCUUUCCGCCAAUAUGGCUACGUAUACGAAGUACUAAGCGAGGGCGUAUUACGGCUGUCUCGUCACCCCGCCGCGCUGCAGGUCAUACUGUUCAUCACUCGCCCUGGAGUCAUCGCCUUCCUGAUACUGUUCCUGUGUGUGGCGGUAUACUUCAUGCGUGCGCGCGCGCUGGCGCAGCACACGAUGGUGGAGAUCCUGCGGCACAUGCUGGUGCUGCAGGCCAAGGACAAGGACUUCCUGCUCGGCGCCAUCGCCAAGGUCUCUAAUGGAGAAUGGCUGUACAGCCCAAAGCCCGAGGAAGGUCCAGACAGCCACACUCUGAAGUAUCUGCGCGAGGUGCGCAAGCCAUCUAACGCGGGCUUCCAACUGGACGCGAGCCGUCUCUCGCAACGACCGCGUUCUUACGCAGACAGGCCUGGGUCGCUGCACGAGCGGCGCACCAGUGACGGAGACACCGACAGCUCCUUCAGCUGGCAGGGGUCUAGCGCGCGCCUGGGGGACGUCGAGGUCGCCGGCACCAGAUAAUGGUGCCAAUUCGGGAAACCACCAACUAAAUUUUGACAGGACUAAAACUAGCUCUUUCUCUUUCUGGCACUUAUUGUAAGUGAAGGACGGCACGAAUAUAAGAGAUGUUGAACUAAAAUAACUCAAAAUCUAUUAUCGCGGAUCACGACGCCACCUAUGCCAAUCGAUUAGUUAUAAUGAGUUUAGGAAUGAUGUAAUAAAAUGUAAAAAAAUAUCCUCGAAAUUUAUGGGCAAAUUCGGUAGUUUCCUAGGUCAAAGAUAAAUUACUAUAAACAGAUCUAAAGGUGACAAAAACGUUUUCUUUUUUUCUAUUAAACUAAUUUAUGAAUUUUAAUAAAGAAAAAUGUAAUAAUAACUAAUAAUAAGGGAGACAUUUUGUCACAUUUUUCUAUGACGUCACAAGUUGAUUUCCAUACCAUACCAUAUUUUCCGUCGUACGGCUGAUGAUGAUGAUGUCCUUUGUGUCCGCUCUAAUAGGCACCAAUAUCAUAUUAUUGGCUCGCAUCUGGAGUCCUUCGUAGGCAGCCAAUCAGCUCGCGACACCAAACACUUCAGGUUCCCGAUACCGACCCCGCCGGCGUGGUCGACGAUUUCCCUCAUUCAGCGCUUAUCGUUAUCGACCCACUAGGGUCGAUUAAUUCUUUCAAAUAUUUUUCCUCUCAGACGACGCCCUGAGCCGAGGUUCGCGCCCAACUGGGCACCCUCAGGCCUGUUGUCUUAAACGUUGUACCGGGUGAGAGCCUUCAGCGCUCCCCAUUUGUCCGGCCAAGUAGUUAAUGCCAUCUGCGGCAAAUCUACAAUAAGUCACGUCAAAAAAAAAACGGAGUCCUUCGUGUAUGCCAAUACUUUUGCGAACAAUGCAAGUGUCGAAGUGUAUUGUUGAAAGUAAAGCGGAGGGAGGGAGCAACAACUCCCGCAAACUUGUUAGUCAAAAAAAAACUUGAAUCGAUUAGAAUUUGAUACUGUACUGAAAGAAUAUGUAUUAUUUUUUGUGUUUAUGUUCAUAUUUAUAACUCAUCGCCGCUUCUGUAUAAAAAACCAGACCUGUCAAAUCUUCAGGUUACGUAAGCGGAUCCUGUGAAGACGGGAUAGCGCUAGGAAUAAUGAUGAUAGUUUGUUUUCGUGUCGAGGUAAACCUCGAAAGAGAUGGCGCGACGACUUGGACGCUUGUCGGAGGGACUGGCCGGAGUACGCACAGGACCGCGAAAAUGGACAGAGGAAGGGGAGGCCUUGCCCAGCAGUGGGAUCUUGUAGGCUAAAUUAGAUUUGCAAAUUUUUACAUACCUAGAUUUAAAACACAUAAUAACGGGUUCUUACCGCGUUUAAAAUGGCGAUAUGAGACUCCCGAUAUUUCGACACUGUUGCAAGUGCCAUGAUCACGGGAUGACUGAUGAGAUUGGAGUGGAGUAGGUAGAUCCAUAAUUUCAUGGCACUUGCAACAGUGUCGAAAUAUCUGGAGUCUCAUAUCGCCAUUUUAAACGCGGUAAGAACCCGUUAUUAUGUGUUUUAAUUAUGAUAAUAACCGCGUAAACUUAAAACAAUGUAUACCUAGAUUUAGUGUGAAAUGGUUUUAUUUAAUCCAUAGAUCGGUUAUACACAUAAUACUUUAUAACUUUUAUCAUCCUAUCAUAAUAAAUAAUUGUUGUACGUAGGGUAACUUUUAAAACAGUAUUUUGUAACAUUUUUUCCUAGUUUAGGUUGUGCGAAUAAGUUUCCUAACAUAAGCUCACGACUGUAUCCCAAUUGGGGUAGUCAGAGGUACAUCCAUCGCAGAUGAAGUAAGUAGUCACACCUCACUGAGCUUUGACUAGUUUUAUUCGUGAUAAGUAAUAUGCAAAUGUGCUAUUUUUCUAAAUGAUCAGAAAUAUUACCUUGCAUUAUAUAUCUAAAUAAAUACACAAAACAUUUAUAUAAAAAAAUAACAUAUAUUUUUGUAUUUAAUUAUAAGUAAUAAAUGAAAAAAUAAUUGUCUUCCACUAUUGUAUCUGUUAUGAGAGAUCUCAAGAACUUAGAGGCUAUUCAUAAUAUAAUUUUACUAAAUAAAAUGUUAUUUAAAAUGAAUUAUACAUGUAAUUUAAUUAAUUAUAAAAUUUUUAU